AUGUCUAAGGCUGCCAAAAAGAAGACUACUAAGAAGCGAUCUGGAUCUGAGGCGACUCAGUUCGACCAGAAGACCAUCCAGGAGUUCAAGGAAGCAUUCGGUAUCAUGGAUCAGAAUAAAGAUGGCAUCAUUGACAAAAAUGAUUUGAAGGACUUGUACGCAUCAAUGGGUCAGAUUGCUUCUGAUGCACAAAUUGAUGCAAUGAUCAAAGAGGCUCCAGGACCGAUUAAUUUCACUGUUUUCUUAACACUGUUUGGUGAAAGGUUAACAGGCACGGACCCGGAGGCCACGAUUGUCGGCGCUUUCCAGAUGUUUGAUAAGAAGGAAACUGGCAAAAUAUCUGAGGAAGAGUUGACUAAAAUUUUAACGAAUAAAAGAGGUGAACCACUCGAUGAGGAUGAAAUUAAAGCAAUGUACAAGGGUAAACCACCAAUUGAAAACGGUAUGGUUGAUUACAAAGCAUUUGCACAUCUGAUUACAACCGGUGCCCAGGAAGAAUUAGCACAAGCUUGA